UCCCAUUUUCAUAUCCUCCAAAACGCACCGCUUAAUUACCAAACCAAAAUUACAAAAAGGCCCUCCUCUCUCGUUCUUCUUCUUCUUCGUGUUCUUGUUCACCAUGACUGAACUCUCGACUCUGUCAUCGAGCCUCAGCGGAGAAGGGAACAACGUGCUGCAGAAACACGUGGCGUUCUUCGAUAGGAACAAAGAUGGGGUGGUUUAUCCAUGGGAGACCUUCAAGGGCUUCCGAGCAAUUGGCGCCAAUUUCUUAUUGUCCGCCGUCGCCGCCGUUUUUAUUAACGUUGGACUCAGCUCUAAAACCCGACCGGGGAAAUUUCCAAAUUUGAUGUUCCCAAUUGAGAUAAAGAACAUCCAACUUGCCAAACAUGGAAGUGAUUCUGGCGUAUAUGAUCAACAGGGAAGAUUUGUUGCUACGAAAUUUGAAGAAAUAUUUCGGAAGCAUGCUCUAACCUACCCGGAUGCCUUGACGGAAGAAGAGGUGAAAGGCUUGCUAAAGGCGAAUAGAGAACCCAAAGACUACGGUGGAUGGGUUGGUGCAUGGGCAGAAUGGACAAUUCUGUACAGUCUUUGCAAAGAUGAGAAUGGCUUGCUUCAGAAGCAAACUGUGAAGGCUGUUUAUGAUGGAAGCUUAUUUGAAGAUAUGGAGAAAGAGAGAGCAUCAAAAAACAAGAAAUGAAAAAUAUUUUCAUUAUUUACUUAUUUCUCAUUUUAUCCCUUUUAAUUUAACAAAUGUGUGUAAUGCUACAAAUUGUUUGACUUUCGUGUGAUACCGAUGAAAUGUAUCGUUUCUCGCGUUCCUAUUUUUCUCAGUUUCAAAUUUUAUGUAUUUGUUUCUAUUAAGA